GCGGAACCCCGUGUAUAUGACUCAAUUGAACCGACGCUUGACAGCUUCCAACAUAAUCCACAGCCUAGGGCAUUAGAAGCAGACAAAGGAUGGAGAGCACCGUCAAAUCGGCCCCGCCGUCUCCAGAAACGCACUGGACUCAUACAACAACGCUCUGACGAUGCAUCCUUUAAACUAAAACGGCAGUCUACGGAGUUUUGCGAGCCAUGCAGUCCUUGGACGAGAUAUACGCCAUUCACACGGGAAGGAAAGCCAGGAAAGACGUGUUUAGCAUAUAACAAGAAUAGUUUAGGAGACGUCGUCGCUAUCAAGCAAUAUAGGGUUGGUGGAAUAAACAAGUCGCAACAUCUCCUGAGGACCUCUCAUCGAAACCUCGUCAACCUAUUAAGUUCAUUCAAAGAUGGAAGAACCGUCUACCUAGCCUAUGAACAUAUGGUUAUUUCGCUGGAGCAACUACAUAGCGGGUUUCAGCUACAAGAGUUACAUAUAUCUUUCAUCUGCAAAGAGGUCUUGAAUGGUCUUUCUUAUAUUCACAAAGACCUUGCAAUUUGCCAUUCCAGAAUUCAAUGCGAUAACAUCUUUAUAGAUAAAGAUGGCUGUGUGAAGAUAGCCGAUAUUGGAGCUUGUCUGCUCGAGCGUCAUCAGGGAUCUGAACAAAUUGAUAUAAGAUCACUGGGCUGGAUGAUGACAGAAAUAAUGGAGCCAGGCACUGCGGAUGCAAACCGACGAACAAUUAACCUAGAAGAUACAAACAAAUGGAGUUCAAAUAUUAUUGACUUCCAGAGACAAACGGAGAAGCUCCCGAUUGAGCAUCUUCUUCGGCAUGACUUUUUGGCGCAUGCACCGUCACGAGAAAGGAAGUGCCUUGUUGUACCAAUGAUAAGAGCAAAGGCAACUGCUCUGCAUGACUAUGAAUAAAGUUCAAGCAGCAAGCGGC